AUGCCUCCUCAUUCGGACCUUGUGCAGGAAUCAAAGCUCGAGACAAUAUUCUUCCCGACUUACACUGAGCAUACUUUCUACAAAAGAGGGGCUUCGGGGCGCGAAUGGAGAAUACGGGUACAAGAACAAUGGCAGCGAGAACGACGUCUCGGCCAAGGUGCCUACGGCACAGUAUGGCUAGAGACAUGCGACCGGCCGGCGAAGAAGAAUGGGCCUGCAGUUAGAGCAGUCAAAGAGAUACCACUGGACCCUUCAACCUCUGAAGGGAUUGACUAUUAUCAAGAGCUAGAGGCAGUCAUGAAGUUCUCUCAAGAUCGAGUAUAUACUCCAUCUUUUGUCGAAUCCUACGGCUGGUUUCAAGGCCCAGAAGCUAUAUAUAUCGCUAUGGAAUACAUCCCUCAUGGUGACCUCCAGAAACAUCUUUCCCAUCCGAUUCCUGAGGAAGAGGUGAAAAUGAUUACCCGACAGUUAGCGGAGGGUUUAAAUCACAUGCACAAAAAUGGCUUCACGCAUAGAGAUCUAAAACCAGGGAAUAUACUUGUGGUUUCAAGAGGCCCUGACUGGCUUGUACAAAUUUCGGAUUUCGGUAUUAGCAGGCGAUUACGACAGGACCAAGCCACUUUGGGUACCAUUCGCAGGGGGACACUAGGCUUUAUUGCACCAGAGAUGCUUGGUUUCAUACAAGACCGAAGUCAUCCUUAUGCUGUCGAUAUAUGGUCUCUUGGGACUGUGAUCUUCAGGAUGUUGACAAAGAAGCUCUUUUUAACGGACUUCAACCUUCUUCAAAAGUAUGUCACUGGAGGAAGCCCUUUCCCAUCAGGCGAUCUUGAUCUAUGUCGACCAUCCCCCCCGUUGAAGGCCUUUUUGCGCCAGUUAUUAGAGCCAUCGCCGAAAGAAAGACCAACGGCAACCGAAGUUCUCGCUCACGACUGGAUUCGAACCUGCGCUAAUAUUUCGUUGGACCACAAUGGAGCCCAAGAAGCCGCCGGUCAGAACAGUGGCCACUUUUCUCAGAGUCCAAGCAUCGAGCGUCACAGCUUCGAAAGCGAUACUGGCGCCCCAUCAGCGGCGUGGAGCACAGCCAUACUUUCGGAAAAUAUUACCCAGCAUUCACGCAGGGCUACCACGGUGGCAUUGCCAGAUUCAAGACGUGCUAUGCCGCGCGACUCCGGAGUUGCACUCGAGGACCCGCGAAUGCCAAUCCAAGGGAAAGCGAACGAGGUGACAAACCGGACAUCAAGAACCUUGAAACACGAACUUGAGCCUCAUCCGGAGUCCCAGUCUCCGCCACUAACAGCACGCUUUUUUAUUGACGAGAAAGGGACCACUUAUCCAACUCUCGAUGUUUCCGACCGGGCCAGCCACAAUAUUGCAAAUAAAGAUUUUCGACCGAUUACUUUGCAGCCAAAAAAGGCUCAGCGUGAACACUCAAAAGAAACACGGCCUUCAAAUGCAUCGAAUUCUACUUGGAGUCGCUUUUUUGGUAUGCCAUCCAGGAAUAAGAAGGAUUCGCAGCAUAACCAACCAACUAAAGACGAUCGACCAAAACGAACGGCUACAAAGCCAGUGAGGGAUAUUCCCUCGUCUCCCCACGAAGACAGAAAAUCCCCAAAGAUUGAUCUCGCAAAAUCAAAACACGAUGAAAAGCUCCUCUUCGCGGCCCAGUACUUGGAGAUGUCAAGGGGGGCCGGUUUCGCCCGGUCAAGCACAAGUCCCAGCCCAUCACCAGACCCGUUGCCACGGCAACCGAGUCCGCGAGCUCAAAGUCGAAGUCCACAGAGUUCAAGAUAUGGAACUGAGGUGCCUCAGGAUAACGGGCAUGCCGAACCAAAGGAGUCUGGCUUUCGCUCAUCCAAGGAAGAACAAGAAUCAGACAAGGCCCAUCCACCACCGCCGAGCGACCAUAAUGAAAUACAUAGAACGGACAGACAGAAGUGGUGGGCUAGCAGGCAGAGCACUAGCCGACAAAGAGUUACACGGAAAGUUGCUACGCCGAGUGACGCUUUGAAAGCCCAGAUUCCCUUGGGGUAUGACAUUACGUUAUGGGACCCCCAGAAAGAGCCCCUACUAUUUCUGAAAUCAGUAUUUGAUAUGAUCUCAUUUAGCGACUGGCUUGUCGACUGUGUAGUUUACUGUCAACGUGUAGACGAUGAAAUAGUCGAGGGAGAUGCUGAUCGGAUUAUGGAACUUGUGGUAAUUUUAGAGAAACUCGAUAAACGGGCUGGUGAAGCGGAGCUAUAUGCUCAUCGGCUUCCAGGGCGAGACAUUAGAGAAUUGGCCUAUGAUCUAAAUGAGGGCUCCCGCCGGUUAUUCCGGAGAUUUCAGAAUUUGCUCCGUGCAUGGGAAAACACCUUGAUGGAUGAAAGGAGCAAACGAGGUGAAAGAAAGGCCGAUUUUGGCUUUGCCAGUCUUCUGGGCCAAAGCAAGAACUCGGACGAUUUGGAGAGAUUUAUGACUUCAGUUCGCUUGUUCAUCUUGCGGUAUGAUGCUAACUUGGAAGCAUUUUUUGAGAGCUACAGAAACGCCGAAAGGGAUUAG